CCCCUGUCCCUCUGGCCCCUCCUGACCCCCCCAAAACCCUGCCUGCCCAGAAUCUCCACCUCAUGUUGGACUCACUCAAUAAGGAGGUGCAGGGCAGGAGAGGGAGUGUGGCCGUGCUGCCCUCAGAGCCGCUGGAGGAAGCUGGGGGAGCCCUGGAGGGGCUGGAUGGGGACCCCGGGGGGCCACCCCUCACCCCUGACCUGGAGAGUGCCGAGUUGAGCCCCAUCCUGCCCUUCCUGUUCCUGGGCAACGAGCGCGACGCGCAGGACCUGGAGCAGAUGCUGAGUCUCAACGUGGGUCACGUGCUGAACGUCACCACCCAUCUGCCGCUCUACCAUGCCCACAGCGGGCGCCUGCGCUACAAGCGCCUGCCCGCCACCGACAACAGCCGCCAGGACCUGCGCCAGUACUUCGAGGAGGCCUUCGAAUUCAUCGAGGAGGCACACCAGCGGGGGAAGGGUGUGCUGAUUCACUGCCAGGCUGGCGUCUCGCGCUCAGCCACCAUCGUCAUCGCCUACCUGAUGAAGCACACGCUGAUGACCAUGAGCGAUGCCUACAAGUACGUCAAAGGCAAACGCCCCAUCAUCUCGCCCAACCUCAACUUCAUGGGGCAGCUGCUGGAGUUCGAGACAGAUCUCAAUGCGGGGGUCACGCCCCGCAUCCUCACCCCCAAGCUCAAGCUUACAGGGGUGGAGACCGAGGUGUGAGGGGGCCCAGGCUGGGCCAGGCCACCGAUCUCAGGGCGGGGCAGGGAGGGAAAGGAGAGUGUGCAAUAAUUGGUCAGACGGGCUUCCAACAGACCAGGCCUGCGGGCCAGAUACCAGGGCACCGAUGCCCACCCUGCCCACUCCACGCUCGUUGACAGAAGGCUGAGGAGGGGGCCAGUUUUUACCCCAAGACUGAUAUGUGUGUG